AUUUCCAGUAAUAGUUGUGUCAGUGAGUGCCAUGUUUAAUGUCAAGUAAAGUUUUUGGAUAAAAACUGAAUUUUGUGUACUGUUUUAACUUCAAGAGGAUUAUAUUAUCGUCAAAAAAGUCACAGGCAAGAAAACCGAUUCGCGAUGGAUCAGAUACCUCCGCCCAAAGAAGUGAAAAUUCUCGAAACAGCCGAAGACAUCCAAGAGCGUCGUCAGCAGGUUUUAUCCCGCUAUGACAACUUCAAAGCUGACGUUCGUGCAAAAAGAGAAAAACUCGAAGACUCGCGUCGUUUCCAAUACUUCAAACGCGACGCUGACGAACUUGAAUCAUGGAUCCUUGAAAAAUUGCAAGCAGCAUCCGACGAAAGUUACAAAGACCCAACUAACCUACAAGCCAAAAUCCAAAAACACCAAGCUUUUGAGGCCGAAGUUGCCGCUCAUAGCAAUGCAAUCGUGGUGUUAGACAACACAGGCCGCGAAAUGAUCAAUCAAAAUCACUACGAAUCGGAAACGAUUCGUCGCAGACUUGAGGAACUCCACCGACUUUGGGAGCAACUCCUUUCAAAGCUCGCCGAAAAAGGAAUGAAGUUGCAACAAGCCCUCGUCUUGGUGCAGUUCAUCCGCCAGUGUGACGAAGUCAUGUUUUGGAUCAACGACAAAAGCACUUUCCUCACCACCGAGGAGUUCGGGCACGACCUGGAGCACGUUGAAGUCCUCCAGCGAAAAUUCGACGAGUUCCAGAAAGACAUGGCUUCGCAAGAGCACCGUGUUACCCAAGUCAACGAACUCGCUGAUAAACUACUUCAGGAUGGUCACCCGGAACGAGACACCAUCAUCAACCGUAAAGAGGAGCUCAACAACGCAUGGCAACGCCUCAAACAGAUGACUUUGAUGCGCCAAGACAAGCUUUACGGUGCUCACGAAAUCCAAAGAUUUAACCGAGAUGCUGACGAAACCGUCGCUUGGAUCGCUGAAAAAGACGUCGUUUUGUCGUCUGAUGACUACGGGCGUGAUCUAGCCAGCGUUCAAGCGCUUCAAAGGAAACACGAAGGAGUGGAGAGAGAUUUGGCGGCUCUUGAAGACAAAGUUUCGACAAUUGGGAAGGAAGCCGAUCGAUUGUGUGCCAUUCAUGGCGAUCAUGCCGAUCAGAUUCAGUCGAAAAGAGCCGAAAUUGAGGACUAUUGGCAAAGCUUGACCGCUAAAGCUAAAGAACGCAGAGAUAAAUUGUUGGAGUCGUAUGCUUUGCAUCGAUUUUUGUCCGAUUUUAGAGACUUGGUGUCGUGGAUUAAUGACAUGAAGGCGAUUAUUUCGGCCGAUGAGCUGGCCAAGGAUGUGGCUGGAGCUGAGGCUCUUUUGGAGAGGCAUCAGGAACACAGGGGGGAGAUUGAUGCACGAGAGGAUAGUUUUGCGGCGACCACUGAAGCCGGAAGGUUGUUGUUGGAAAAUGGACAUUAUGCGAGCGAUGAGGUUAAGGAGAAGUUGUCCACGUUGGUGUCCGACAAAAAUUCUCUCUUGGCUCUUUGGGAAGAACGCCGCAUUCUAUACGAACAAUGUAUGGACUUGCAACUAUUCUACCGCGACACCGAACAAGCCGACACCUGGAUGGCCAAACAAGAGGCCUUCUUAGCCAAUGAAGAUUUGGGCGAUUCCCUCGACUCCGUCGAAGCCCUUAUAAAAAAACACGAAGAUUUCGAAAAAUCCCUUGCCGCACAAGAAGAGAAAAUCAAAGCUCUUGACGAAUUCGCGACCAAAUUAAUCGAUGGCGAACAUUACGCUGCCGAUGAUGUCGCCCAAAGACGAGCAAUGCUCUUAGAACGCAGAUCAGCACUUAAAGAAAAAUCAGCCCAAAGACGCGCUCUCCUGGAGGAUGCUUACAAAUUGCAACAAUUUGAACGCGAUUGUGACGAAACCAAAGGGUGGAUCAACGAAAAACUUAAAUUUGCGACCGAUGAGAGUUACCUAGAUCCGACUAAUUUGGGCGGAAAAGUGCAGAAACACCAGAAUUUUGAACAAGAGCUUAAUGCUAAUAAAACACGAAUGGAGGAUAUUACGUCGACUGGGCAGGAGUUGGUUGAUGCUAAACAUUACGCAGCUCCGAGGAUUCAAUCACGAAUGGAGGAAAUCGUCAACUUGUGGGAGACUUUAGUGCAGUCAACUGACAAGAAGAGUUCGAAAUUGCAAGAAGCAAGUCAACAACAACAAUUCAAUCGGACGAUUGAAGACGUUGAGUUGUGGUUGUCUGAGAUUGAAGGACAACUUAUGUCCGAGGAUUAUGGCAAGGAUCUAACUUCCGUCCAAAACCUUCAGAAGAAACAUGCGUUACUUGAGGCCGAUGUUGCGUCCCAUCAAGACCGUAUUGAAGGAAUCACAGCUGCGGCUAACCAAUUUGUUGAACGUGGUCACUUCGAUGCUGAUAACAUCGCCCACAAACAGAAGGUUUUGACUGAUCGAUACACAGCCUUGCAGACACCCAUGGCUAUCAGAAAGCAACGUCUUUUGGACUCCUUGCAAGUGCAACAGUUAUUCAGAGACAUCGAAGAUGAGGAGGCUUGGAUUCGCGAAAAAGAGCCAAUAGCUGCAGGGACAACACGAGGACGUGAUUUGAUCGGGGUUCAGAAUUUGAUCAAGAAACAUCAAGCCGUUCUGGCCGAAAUUAACAAUCACGAUGCUCGCAUUAGUGCCGUUGUUGAGGCCGGUAGACAAAUGAUGGAAGAUGAGCACUUUGCCAGUGACCAAAUUCGCAACAGAGUGACGGCUCUCAAUGAUCAUUGGGUCCAGUUGAAGGAGAAGGCCAACCAGAGGAAACAAGAUCUGGAUGAUUCGCUUCAAGCCCAUCAGUACUAUGCUGAUGCAAACGAGGCUGAAUCCUGGAUGAAGGAGAAAGAACCAAUUGUGAGCAAUACUGACUACGGUAAAGAUGAGGAUUCGUCCGAGGCUUUGUUGAAGAAACAUGAGGCUUUGAUGAGUGAUUUGAUCGCGUUUGGAAAUACGAUUGAAGGUUUGAAGGAACAAGCGCGCAAUUGUAGACAACAGGAACCACCAGUUGUUGAUGUUACUGGACGGGAAACCGUUCAAGCUUUGUACGAUUAUACAGAGAAGUCGGCUCGCGAAGUUUCGAUGAAGAAGGGCGAUUUGUUGCAUCUUUUGAAUUCCAGUAAUAAGGAUUGGUGGAAAGUGGAAAUCCACGACCGCCAAGGCUUUGUCCCUGCCGCUUACGUGAAAAAAGUGGAUGCUGGACUCACAGCCUCACAACAAAAUCUCGUUGAUAACAACUCCAUCUCUGCGCGACAAAACCAAAUCAACACCCAAUAUGACCGUCUCCUUGCUCUUGCUCGUGAGCGUCAAAACAAACUCAAUGAAACGGUCAAGGCUUAUGUUCUGGUCCGCGAAGCGGCCGAACUUGCAAACUGGAUCAAAGACAAGGAAAUGCACGCUCAAGUCCAAGACGUUGGUGAAGAUCUGGAACAAGUGGAAGUGAUGCAGAAGAAAUUCGAUGACUUCCAGACAGAUUUGAAAGCCAACGAAGUGCGUUUGGCUGAAAUGAAUGAAAUUGCAAUGCAGUUGGUGUCUUUGGGGCAAACUGAAGCUGCGCUUAAGAUCCAGACACAGAUGGAGGAUUUGAACACGAAAUGGACGUCUUUGCAGCAGUUGACGGCAGAGAGGGCGAACCAGUUGGGGUCGGCACAUGAAGUUCAGAGGUUCCACAGAGAUGUGAAUGAGACGAUUGAUUGGAUUCAGGAGAAAGACGAAGCUUUGAAUAAUGAUGAUUUGGGGAAGGAUUUGAGGAGUGUUCAAGCCUUGCAGAGGAAACAUGAGGGGUUGGAGAGAGAUUUGGCCGCUUUAGGGGACAAGAUUAAGCAACUUGAUGAGAUCGCCGGUCGAUUGGUCCAAACUCAUCCGGAAAGUGCCGAACAGACUCGAGCUAAACAAGAGGAAAUCAACGAAUUGUGGACUCAAUUGACCGCCAAAGCCAACAAUCGUAAAGAAAAACUGCUCGAUUCGUACGAUUUGCAACGUUUUCUCAAUGAUCAUCGCGACUUGAUGGCUUGGAUGAAUUCUAUGCUUGGUUUGGUUACGUCUACGGAGUUGGCUAGUGAUGUGACGGGGUCAGAGGCGCUGAUUGAACGUCAUCAGAACUACAGAGCUGAAAUAGAUGCACGUUGUGGAAUACCUCAGGAACAUCGAACUGAAAUCGAUGCACGUGCGGGAACUUUCAACGCACUUGAACAAUUCGGACAACAACUCCUCAGUUCCCAACAUUAUGCAAGCCCCGAAAUUCAAGAAAAACUCGAACAACUCAACGAAUUCCGCAAGGAAUUAGAGACGCGUUGGAUCGAACGACGAGUCCAGUUGGACCAAAAUCUCGACUUGAACCUCUUCUACAGGGACUGCGAGCAAGCAGAAAACUGGAUGUCCGAUCGAGAGGCGUUCCUUGCGUCAGACGAAGUCGACUCCAACACCGAUAACGUCGAGGCUCUGAUCAAGAAACACGAAGAUUUUGAUAAAGCGAUUAAUGCGCAUGAGGAAAAAAUCGCCGCACUUGAAAGUUUGGCCAACCAGCUCAUCCAGAACGAACACUACGCUUCCCAAGACAUUGACAACAAGCGCAAGCAAGUGUUGGAUCGUUGGCACCACCUCAAAGAGGCCCUCAUCGAAAAACGCUCAAAACUUGGCGAAAGCCAAACCUUGCAGCAAUUCUCACGCGAUGCUGACGAAAUCGAGAACUGGAUCGCUGAAAAGUUACAACUGGCGACCGAAGAGAGCUACAAAGACCCGGCCAACAUUCAGUCGAAGCAUCAGAAACACCAAGCUUUCGAGGCCGAAUUGGCCGCAAACGCCGACAGAAUUCAGUCGGUAUUGUCGAACGGUACGAAUUUGAUUGAGAAACGACAAUGUGCCGGGUCGGAAGAAGCUGUUCAGAAACGGCUCGAGUCCAUCGCUGAUCAGUGGGAGUUUUUGACGCAAAAAACCACCGAGAAAUCGAUGAAAUUGAAGGAGGCCAACAAGCAAAGGACUUACAUUGCGGCCGUUAAGGAUUUGGACUUCUGGUUGGGCGAAGUUGAAAGUUUGUUGACGAGUGAAGAUGCUGGGAAAGAUUUAGCAUCGGUGCAGAAUUUAAUGAAGAAGCAUCAGUUGGUCGAGGCUGAUAUUCAGGCCCAUGAGGACAGAAUUAAAGAUAUGAAUGAUCAAGCUGAUUCUCUUAUUGAAAGUGGACAAUUUGACACGGCUUCAAUUCAAGAAAAACGACAAUCGAUUAAUGAGCGUUACGAACGUAUUAAGAAUUUGGCCGCUCAUCGACAAGCUCGGCUCAAUGAAGCUAAUACGUUGCAUCAGUUCUUCCGCGAUAUUGCUGAUGAAGAAUCCUGGAUCAAGGAGAAGAAACUUUUGGUGGGUUCGGACGACUACGGUCGUGACUUGACCGGCGUCCAAAACUUGAAAAAGAAACACAAACGUCUCGAAGCCGAAUUAGGCUCACACGAACCGGCCAUUCAAGCGGUUCAAGAAGCUGGCGAAAAACUAAUGGACGUAUCAAACCUUGGUGUCCCCGAAAUCGAGCAACGUCUCAAAGCUUUGAACCAAGCUUGGGCCGAAUUGAAACAACUGGCCGCCACUCGUGGCCAAAAACUGGACGAGUCAUUGACUUACCAACAAUUCCUGGCUAAGGUCGAAGAAGAGGAAGCUUGGAUUAGUGAAAAACAACAAUUGUUGAGUGUUGAAGAUUAUGGUGAUACCAUGGCUGCGGUUCAAGGUUUAUUGAAGAAACAUGACGCUUUUGAAACCGAUUUCCAAGCACACAGAGAGAGGUGCAAGGAUAUUAACGAUGCUGGGAAGAAAUUGGUUGCGGAAGGGAACCAUCAUGCUGAUAGUAUUAAUCAGCGUUGUCAACAAUUGCAAACUAAGUUAGACCAUUUGGCGGCUUUGGCUGGCCGCCGCAAGGCCAAAUUGAUCGAUAAUUCGGCCUAUUUGCAAUUUAUGUGGAAGGCGGAUGUUGUGGAAAGUUGGAUCGCUGAUAAGGAAACGCAUGUCAAGAGUGAGGAGUAUGGCAGGGAUUUGUCGUCGGUGCAGACGUUGCUCACGAAACAGGAGACAUUUGAUGCAGGUCUCACUGCGUUUGAGCACGAGGGCAUCCAGAACAUCACCGCCCUAAAGGACCAACUGAUCGCUUCAAAUCACGACCAAAGUCCGGCGAUUUUACAACGUCACGCCGAUGUGAUCGACAGAUGGCAGAAACUAUUGGCCGACUCUGACGCCCGCAAACAGCGUCUUCUCCACAUGCAAGACCAAUUCCGACAAAUCGAAGAUCUUUUCCUCACUUUUGCCAAGAGAGCGUCUGCGUUCAAUUCUUGGUUUGAAAAUGCUGAGGAGGAUUUGACCGAUCCAGUGCGAUGCAAUUCCAUUGAGGAGAUCCGAGCGUUGAGAGAGGCUCAUGCACAAUUCCAGGCAUCUCUAUCGAGCGCGCAAGCCGAUUUUGAGGCUUUGGCAGCUUUGGAUCAACAGAUCAAGAGUUUCAAUGUUGGACCGAAUCCCUACACUUGGUUUAAUAUGGAAGCUUUGGAAGAAACGUGGAGGAACUUGCAGAAAAUCAUCGCCGAGAGGGACGUAGAGUUGAAUAAAGAGGCCCAAAGGCAGGAAGAAAAUGAUAAGUUGAGGAAGGAGUUUGCUAAGCAUGCCAAUGCCUUCCAUCAAUGGUUGACCGAAACUCGUUAUCGAAUUUUGGGCUGGGACGGUACCUCAAUGAUGGAAGGCUCCGGCUCAUUGGAGCAGCAGCUGGAAGCCACCAAACGCAAAGCAGCCGAAGUGCGCGCCCGUCGCUCCGACUUGAAGAAAAUCGAAGAUUUGGGAGCAAUUCUUGAAGAACAUCUCAUCCUGGACAACCGCUACACUGAGCAUUCUACUGUUGGUUUAGCCCAACAGUGGGAUCAAUUAGACCAAUUGGGCAUGAGAAUGCAGCAUAAUCUUGAACAACAGAUACAAGCUCGCAACCAAUCAGGUGUGAGUGAGGACGCUCUUAAGGAGUUCUCGAUGAUGUUCAAACACUUUGACAAGGAAAAAUCCGGAAAAUUGAACCAUCAAGAAUUCAAGAGUUGUUUGAGAGCUUUGGGUUACGAUCUGCCGAUGGUGGAGGAAGGCCAACCUGAUCCAGAAUUCGAUGCGAUUUUGGAUGUGGUGGAUCCGAAUAGAGAUGGGCACGUGUCGUUGCAGGAGUACAUGGCGUUUAUGAUCAGUAAAGAGACCGAAAAUGUGCAAAGUUCGGAGGAAAUUGAGAAGGCGUUCAGGGCUAUCACAGCAGGGGAUAGACCAUAUGUUACGCAAGAGGAGCUAUAUGCUAAUUUGACGAAGGAAAUGGCCGAUUAUUGCGUAGCUCGUAUGAAACCCUACGUUGAACCCAAGACCGAACGCACAAUCGCAGGGGCCCUGGAUUACAUAGAGUUUACUCGUACUCUCUUCCAGAAUUAAUACACUUGCUUGUCGUUUAAUAGGGAUAGGGAGCUUUGUCACUGCACGAUUUUAAGCUUGAUUUUAUAAUAUGUUUGCAUGUAUCACCUAAUUAAUUAUAUUUAUCCUUUUCAAAAUAUAUGGCUUAUAGUUUCAA